GUAGUACGAAUGAGUAUGGGUGAUACACUUCAGCAAGUUUUGUGUCCUUUUUUUAUUAUGUGCUUUAUUAUGGGUUUAGGCUUCUAUCCUAAAAAACAAUUAAACAUUCGAUGGAUUGCAAAAUUAAAUAUUUUAUAUUCUGUGACAAAGUGGUUGGUUUAUAUCUAUCUCCUUCUUCAUACGCUGACCAAUAUUGGAGAGAAAAUAUUAUUUCAUUCUGCUAAUGUGGCAAUUGUUGAAAAGACAAACUUUUUGCUUUCAAUUAUAUCUGCGAUUACAAGUUUUUAUUAUCAAAAGAGAUUUGAGAUAAGCAUAAAGAAACUUGCUUCUGUGGAUAAUACUUUAGAAAAGUUAGGUACUCCAAAAAUGUACGAAAAGUUACAUGCAAAGUCGAAACAAAUAAUAAUUAGUUGGAUCGUGUACAGUCUCUCAAUGAAUAUUGUCGAUACAAUAUGGUGGUUACGCAUCAAAAACUUUGCAUCUUGGGCAAUAUUUAUAAUUUACAUACUAAAUCAUUGUAUUCAUGUCAAUACACUUGUGGAUAUAUUAUUUACCUUCUUCUUGUGGUUAGUAUAA